ACAGAAAAAAAUAAGUUUCUAUAUGGCUUCCAAAAGAAGAUUGCAGAAAGAAGUAAUGGAUAUUAAAUCUUCAAAUACAAAACAGUUUCAGGACAUUGAAAUGGACGAGAUGAAUAUGUCUUCACUGCAAGGUCUGUUCAUUCCGGCCACUCAUCCAUUCAACUUGGCAGCUUUUCGGAUUGAGAUAACGUUUCCAGCUGAGUAUCCUUUUAAGCCUCCAAUUAUUUUCAAGACGAAAAUCUAUCACCCAAAUGUCGAUGAGAACGGCAACGUGUGUUUGUCGAUUAUAAGGCCUGACGACAACUGGAAGCCGGCCACCAGAUUGUCGCAGAUCAUCGACCAGUCGUCGGUCGCUCUUAUUGACAACCCUGAUGCAGAGCACUCUACAUUAAAUAAAGACUACAUCAAAGACCGCAACAAGUCGGAUGCCGAAACAUUCACCAAAAAUCACAGUGAAAAAUUGCCGUCGAAUUAAGAAGUUUGGUUUAGUUUCUAGUUUAUGUAAGUGCUGAAUCAAACAUACCGUUCUUGAUAAUGACC